AUGACCUCAGCGCACACGUUCACAGCAGCAGCAGCCGCGACCGCGCCGAGAAGCCCCACGGCCAUGCUGCUCGUGACGCGCGGGAUGGCCGUCCUGUGGCACGACCAGAAGAACCUGCUCCUCGCCGCCUUACUCAUCACCUCGCUCAUCUUCCUCCAGUCGCCAAUCCUCCGACUGUCGCAAUCCGCGUCGCCCUGCGACGCUUUAAUAGUAGCGACCACCUCCGGCGGCGACGCGAUUGGUAUUACAGCUUCAACGAAUCCCGACUCGCCGCAAGUACUGCCGCACUUGCGCCCCGGGUGCAUUCUAUACUCGGAUAAUCGGUCCGUAGCCGCCGCCGCCAAGCCCGGAGCCGCCAAGGGCCUGGCGGCGGCGGUAGCGCCCGGCGGGUGGGGCGCGGGCCUUGCCGACGCUUCCUUCGAAGGGCUGUCGCACCUGCCGUACUACGAGUCGUCUCGAAUCAUCAACAAGAUGUACGCGCAGCGACACGGGUAUCUCUUCUUCGACUCCUACUACGAGGGCUACAACCUCUCGCGCAAAGCCACGUGGCACAAGGUGACGCUGCUGCGGCACGCGCUGCAGUGCUGCUGCCGGUGGGCGCUAUACGUGGACUCGGACGCGUACCUGCGCAUGGACGGGCACCGCCUCUCCGUCGAGGAUUGGGCCGCGCGCGCCAGCAAACGGGGCUACUUCGAUCGCCUGGUGGAUCAGUCGAGCUCGCACCUGGAGGGGCAGAUGGUGAAUGCGCACCUGUUCGAUCAGGUGCUGCACCCACAGCCACGCCAGGGGAACCUGCAAGCCUCAGCUCCCAGUCCGCCCCUGCAAACGGCCGGCCAGACGCAGCAGCAAGAAAAGCAGCAGCAGCAGCAGCAGCAGCAGCAGCAGCAGCAGGAGCAGCAGGUGCAGGCGCAGGCGCAGCAGGAACCACAGCAAGAGCAGGUGCAGCAGAAUCAGAGCCAAGAAGCAGUAGUCAAUCUGGGCAACUCCCAAGGAACAAACUCCUCUACACCUGCCCCUUCCGCCUCACGCAGACUCCUGCAAUCACCCCCUGAUGCCGGCUCAGCCGCUGCACACAUGCAACAUCCUGAGUCCUCUCAGAAGGCAGGCCUGCUCGCGGGAGGCAAGGAGAAGGUGCCAUUCAUGGUGGUGGCGCGCAAUGGUGAUGGGCAGCAGGGGUACGACGGAGACCCCCGGCAUCUCUUCCACCCGGAAUUCGACUCCCUCAACGCGGGAGUCAUUCUUAUGAGCCAUUCCGAUGAUAGCUUUCAGCCUGUGCUCCGGUUCUGUCUACGUGUUAAACAUUGCCCACCAGACCGCCCUAUUUACUGCCCCAUUCCCUGCAACCUUGUCCCUCUGCUGUUCUCUACCGUGCCUCACCUUCUCUCCCCUUCGCCGACGUCUCAAACCCACCUUCCUCUGCUGCUGUACGUGCCAACCAACCCCCCUUUCUCUCUCACCACAUGGCAGUUUCUACAGGAGUGGUACGACGCCAUACUCCCGGAAUUCGGAGACCAGAGGCCCAUGAACUUGGUGGCGCAGAGAUGGCGGGAGCAGGUGGUGGUGGUGCCGUACUUAGAAAUGACAGGGCCGGAGGGAGCCAUGAUCAGGCAUAUGUGGCACACCCUGGGCAAGGAGGUGCGAGACACGGAGUUGCAAAAGGCGCUGCUGGGACUGAUAGUGCAGCAGCAGUUAGAGAAAGAGCAAGGAUGA